CUUUACUCUUAAAUCAAACAAGCCAAAACAGAGAUGGCUUUGCCCACCAACACUACGCAAUUUGGCACUUCAACCCUCCUCUUCUUUCUGUUAUUUCCGUUACUGUUUCAGAUUUAUCCCGGUAAAAGUGAACUCCAAUUAAACUUCUAUGCACAGAGUUGCCCAAGAGCCGAAGAGAUCAUCAAAGAGCAAGUCACCAAUCUUUACAAGAAACAUGGAAAUACAGCAGUUUCCUGGGUUAGGAAUCUCUUUCAUGAUUGUGCGGUGAAGUCAUGUGAUGCAUCGCUGUUGUUGGAGACGGUGAAAGGAAUUGAAUCGGAGAAAGCAUCACAAAGGAGCUUUGGAAUGAGAAAUUUCAAGUACGUAAACACAAUCAAAGAUGCCCUUGAAGCUGAAUGCCCUCUGACUGUAUCUUGUGCUGAUAUUGUUGCCCUUUCUGCUAGAGAUGGUAUCGCCAUGUUAGGAGGACCAAGAAUAGAAAUGAAAACAGGGAGGAGGGACAGCAAAGAGAGCUAUGCAGCAGUGGUUGAAGAUUUCCUCCCCAAUCACAACGAUAGCAUCUCAUUAGUGCUUUCUCGCUUUCAAUCCAUUGGCAUUGACGCUGAAGGAACAGUUGCUCUUUUAGGAGGUCACUCGGUUGGUAGAGUUCACUGUGUGAAUUUAGUACAAAGACUCUACCCUACGGUUGAUCCAAGUUUGGACCCUGAAUACGCAGAGUACCUCAAAGGGAGGUGCCCAACUCCAGACCCAGACCCAAAGGCAGUCCUGUACGCAAGAAAUGACAGAGUAACACCUAUGAUUCUGGAUAAUAUGUGCUUCAAGAACGUAUUGAACCGCAAGGGAUUACUCUUAGUUGAUCAACAAUUGGCUUCUGAUCCAAUUACGUCUCCAUUUGUGGAAAAAAUGGCUGCCGAUAAUGACUACUUCCAUAAUCAGUUUUCUAGAGCUGUGCUGUUGUUAUCGGAGAAUAAUCCUCUUAUUGAUGACCAAGGAGAGAUUAGAAAGGAUUGCCGCUAUGUGAAUGCCAAUUAGCAAAUUGCUCAAGAAUUAAUGUUCUUGGUUAACAAUAACAAAACCAAGUUUUAUGUUACAUUCAUGUAUUAAUCAAGUGAUUUGUGAAAUAAACAAGUGAAAGUUGAAGGAAUUAUAA